UUUCAGCAGCAACAGUAGCAGCAGCAGCAACCCUCCCAGCCAUGAACACCCUGAUCGUCCUGAGCGCCGUCCUGGCCGUCGCCGUGGCUAAGCCCGGCUACCUCGGCGCCGCCCCCGCCGCAGUCGUCGCCCCCGCCGCGUACGCCGCCCCCGCGGUGGUGGCCGCCCCCGUGCACGCCGGCUACGCCGCCUACGGCCCCGCCCCCGUCGCCGUGCGCUCCGACGGCUACCUGCUGGACACCCCUGCCGUCGCCGCCAACAGAGCCGCCCACCUGACCGCCGUCGCCCAGACUCAGGCCCGUGACGCCGUCAUCAACGGCGCCGCCCUCGCCUACGCCGCCCGCGCUUACGCCGCCCCCGCUGUGGCGUACGCCGCCCCCGCCCCUCUAGCCUAUGCUGCCCCCAGUGCUCUCGCUGCCGCCGCCCAUCUCCAGGCUAAGGCUGCUCUCCUGGGCUGA